AUGGUCGUUCUGAACAAGAUCUACACCAAGACGGGCGAUGACGGCACGACGGCGCUUGGCACUGGCGAGCGGCGCCUGAAAUAUGACCGGCGGGUGAGCGCCUACGGGACGGUCGACGAGGCCAAUGCCUGCAUCGGCAUGGCGCGGCUGCACACGGGCGCCGAUGCCGACCUCGACCGGAUGCUGUCGCGCAUCCAGAACGACAUGUUCGAUCUCGGCGCGGACCUGGCAACGCCGGAGAGCGAAGAGAAGCUCGACUAUGAACCGCUCCGGAUCACCGAUGCGCAGGUGACCCGGAUCGAAGCGGAUAUCGAUGCGCUCAAUGCCGGUCUGCAACCGCUGCGUUCGUUCGUGCUGCCUGGCGGCAGCGAAGCGGCGGCGGCGCUGCAUCUGGCCCGCACGGUGUCGCGCCGUGCCGAACGCGACAUGGUCGAACUGGCCGAACAGCCGGGCGAACACGUCAACCCGGUGGCGCUGCGCUACAUGAACCGUGUCUCCGAUUUCCUCUUUGUCGCGGCGCGGGUCGUCAACGACAAUGGCGCGGGUGACGUCUUGUGGGUGCCGGGCAAGAACCGCUGA